AUGCGAAUUAGUGCAUUAUUUAUUCCAAUAUUUGGAAUUGCUGCAGUAUCAGCAGCUUGUACUGUCGACAAGGAGACCUGCGACAGUGCCUGUGAUAAUGCCAAUACUGUAAUUAGUGGCUACUAUACUGAUUUCACUUUAUUAGGGAAUGUUGAUGAAUAUUAUUGCAAGUUAAACAAUACUGUUCUUGUAAGCGGCAGUUAUGUAGACAUGGAUGGAACACUUCUUUCAGUUGUCACUGCUUGCCGCUAUUGUUUUGACAAAGGUGUCCUUACUGAUUCAACAAACUACGAAUAUUACGAAGGUUGGAUAAAACAAUGUUACGACGAGAGGUCUGACGAAAUUCCAAGUAACAUAGAUACCCAGUGUAUUUGUGACGUUGGUGAUAUUACAGAAACUAAUUGCAGUGAUAUGUGUGGUACUGCUGAAGAUUAUUCGGUAAACUUAUUAAGUUUGAUCACUUGUGGAGUUGUCGAUAAUGUUGUUAAAAGAAAUGUGGUUGGCUGUCUACUAUGUGGUACUGUCUCAAGUUCGGCUAGUACGUUUUGUGAUUCCGCCUGGACUACACUACUGUGUGUAGUUGGAACACUAGUAUCGGUCUUGUCAGACAUUUUGGAUGUGAUAGGAACUUUGUUAACUACUGUCUUGUCAGUUGUUGUAGGGUUGUUGGACGAAUGCGAUUUUGAUACAGAAAAUUUAUGCAGUAUCUCGUCAUGUACAUUAGAUGGAUUAGAUACAGAUACUUGUAACUCAUAUUGUUCAACUACUAACACAUGGUUAGAAGGAAGUGAAUUAAGUGGAAAAUCUUGCGACGAUCUAUCAAUGUCAGAAAAACAAGUUGUUGGAGGAUGUUUAAUGUGUGGAUCAAUUAUUGGAUAUGAAACAACAAAUACAGUUCUAACUAAUGUAGCAAAUGUUAUUGAUACGACCUGUAUAAGUGAAAUGCAGAAUGCGGUAUGCAAUGGGGAUUAUAUUGAGUCAAUAUCUGAUUCAUCAAUGGACGCAGUUUCCGAAGCAGAGCAAUCAUCAGAAGAUACAGUAGAAGAUGCAUCCUCUUCAUCUGAAGCAGCAGCAGAUGAAGCAUCCUCUUCAUCUGAAGAUGCCGCUGACGACAAGGCGUCAUCAUCGUCUGAGGAUGCCGCAGAUGAUGCCUCGUCUUCUUCUGAGGACGCAGCUGAUGAUGCUUCAUCUUCUUCUGAAGCCGCCGCUGAUGAUGCGUCUUCUUCUUCUGAGGACGCAGCAGAUGAUGCUUCUUCAUCUUCUGAGGACGCUGCUGAUGAUGCUUCUUCUUCUUCUGAAGCCGCCGCUGGUGAUGCGUCUUCUUCGUCUGAGGACGCAGCUGAUGAUGCCUCUUCAUCCUCUGAAGACGCGGCUGAUGAUGCCUCUUCUUCGUCUGAGGACGCAGCUGAUGAUGCCUCUUCUUCUUCCGAAGCGGCCGCUGAUGAUGCCUCGUCUUCUUCUGAGGACGCCGCUGAUGAUGCCUCUUCUUCUUCUGAGGACGCUGCUGAUGAUGCUUCUUCUUCUUCCGAAGCGGCCGCUGAUGAUGCUUCUUCAUCUUCUGAGGACGCUGCUGAUGAUGCGUCGUCUUCUUCUGAGGACGCUGCUGAUGAUGCUUCUUCUUCUUCUGAAGCCGCCGCUGAUGAUGCGUCGUCUUCUUCUGAGGACGCAGCUGAUGAUGCUUCUUCUUCUUCCGAAGCCGCCGCUGAUGAUGCCUCUUCAUCUUCUGAAGACGCAGCUGAUGAUGCUUCAUCUUCAUCCGAAGCCGCCGCUGAUGAUGCCUCUUCUUCUUCUGAGGACGCUGCUGAUGAUGCCUCGUCUUCUUCUGAGGAUGCUGCUGAUGAUGCUUCUUCAUCUUCUGAAGACGCAGCUGAUGAUGCCUCGUCUUCUUCUGAAGCCGCCGCUGAUGAUGCCUCGUCUUCUUCUGAAGCCGCCGCUGAUGAUGCCUCUUCUUCUUCUGAGGACGCUGCUGAUGAUGCUUCUUCUUCUUCCGAAGCGGCCGCUGAUGAUGCUUCUUCAUCUUCUGAGGACGCUGCUGAUGAUGCGUCGUCUUCUUCUGAGGACGCUGCUGAUGAUGCUUCUUCUUCUUCUGAAGCCGCCGCUGAUGAUGCCUCGUCUUCUUCUGAGGACGCUGCUGAUGAUGCUUCUUCUUCUUCUGAAGCCGCCGCUGAUGAUGCGUCGUCUUCUUCUGAGGACGCAGCUGAUGAUGCUUCUUCUUCUUCCGAAGCCGCCGCUGAUGAUGCCUCUUCAUCUUCUGAAGACGCAGCUGAUGAUGCUUCAUCUUCAUCCGAAGCCGCCGCUGAUGAUGCCUCUUCUUCUUCUGAGGACGCUGCUGAUGAUGCCUCGUCUUCUUCUGAGGAUGCUGCUGAUGAUGCUUCUUCAUCUUCUGAAGACGCAGCUGAUGAUGCCUCGUCUUCUUCUGAAGCCGCCGCUGAUGAUGCCUCGUCUUCUUCUGAAGCCGCCGCUGAUGAUGCCUCUUCUUCUUCUGAGGACGCUGCUGAUGAUGCUUCUUCUUCUUCCGAAGCGGCCGCUGAUGAUGCUUCUUCAUCUUCUGAGGACGCUGCUGAUGAUGCGUCGUCUUCUUCUGAGGACGCUGCUGAUGAUGCUUCUUCUUCUUCUGAAGCCGCCGCUGAUGAUGCCUCGUCUUCUUCUGAGGACGCUGCUGAUGAUGCUUCUUCUUCUUCUGAAGCCGCCGCUGAUGAUGCCUCGUCUUCUUCUGAGGACGCAGCUGAUGAUGCUUCUUCUUCUUCCGAAGCCGCCGCUGAUGAUGCCUCGUCUUCUUCUGAGGACGCAGCUGAUGAUGCUUCUUCUUCUUCCGAAGCGGCCGCUGAUGAUGCUUUUUCAUCUUCUGAGGAUGCUGCUGAUGAUGCUUCUUCUUCUUCCGAAGCCGCCGCUGAUGAUGCCUCGUCUUCUUCUGAGGACGCAGCUGAUGAUGCUUCUUCUUCUUCCGAAGCGGCCGCUGAUGAUGCUUCUUCAUCUUCUGAAGCCGCCGCUGAUGAUGCCUCUUCAUCUUCUGAAGACGCUGCUGAUGAUGCUUCUUCUUCUUCCGAAGCGGCCGCUGAUGAUGCCUCGUCAUCUUCUGAAGACGCAGCAGAUGAUGCUUCUUCUUCUUCUGAAGCCGCCGCUGAUGAUGCCUCGUCUUCUUCUGAGGACGCUGCUGAUGAUGCCUCGUCUUCUUCUGAGGAUGCUGCUGAUGAUGCUUCUUCUUCUUUCGAAGCCGCCGCUGAUGAUGCUUCUUCAUCUUCUGAGGACGCAGCAGAUGAUGUUUCUUCUUCUUCUGAAGCCGCAGCUGAUGAUGCCUCGUCUUCUUCUGAGGACGCUGCUGAUGAUGCUUCUUCUUCUUCCGAAGCUGCCGCUGAUGAUGCUUCUUCUUCUUCCGAAGCUGCCGCUGAUGAUGCUUCAUCUUCAUCCGAAGCCGCCGCUGAUGAUGCUUCAUCUUCAUCCGAAGCCGCCGCUGAUGAUGCUUCCUCAUCUUCUGAGGACGCUGCUGAUGAUGCCUCGUCUUCUUCUGAAGCCGCCGCUGAUGAUGCCUCUUCUUCUUCUGAGGACGCUGCUGAUGAUGCCUCGUCUUCUUCUGAGGAUGCUGCUGAUGAUGCUUCUUCUUCUUUCGAAGCCGCCGCUGAUGAUGCUUCUUCAUCUUCUGAGGACGCAGCAGAUGAUGUUUCUUCUUCUUCUGAAGCCGCAGCUGAUGAUGCCUCGUCUUCUUCUGAGGACGCAGCUGAUGAUGCUUCUUCUUCUUCCGAAGCUGCCGCUGAUGAUGCUUCAUCUUCAUCCGAAGCCGCAGCUGAUGAUGCUUCUUCUUCUUCCGAAGCCGCCGCUGAUGAUGCCUCUUCAUCUUCUGAAGACGCAGCUGAUGAUGCUUCAUCUUCAUCCGAAGCCGCCGCUGAUGAUGCCUCUUCUUCUUCUGAGGACGCUGCUGAUGAUGCCUCGUCUUCUUCUGAGGAUGCUGCUGAUGAUGCUUCUUCAUCUUCUGAAGACGCAGCUGAUGAUGCCUCGUCUUCUUCUGAAGCCGCCGCUGAUGAUGCCUCGUCUUCUUCUGAAGCCGCCGCUGAUGAUGCCUCUUCAUCUUCUGAAGACGCAGCAGAUGAUGCUUCUUCUUCUUCUGAAGCCGCCGCUGAUGAUGCUUCUUCUUCAUCCGAAGCCGCCGCUGAUGAUGCCUCUUCUUCAUCCGAAGCCGCCGCUGAUGAUGCCUCUUCUUCUUCUGAGGACGCUGCUGAUGAUGCUUCUUCUUCUUCUGAAGCCGCCGCUGAUGAUGCUUCUUCUUCUUCUGAGGACGCUGCUGAUGAUGCUUCUUCUUCUUCCGAAGCCGCCGCUGAUGAUGCCUCGUCAUCUUCUGAGGACGCCGCUGAUGAUGCCUCGUCUUCUUCUGAGGACGCCGCUGAUGAUGCUUCAUCAUCUUCUGAAGCUGCCGCUGAUGAUGCUUCUUCAUCUUCUGAGGACGCUGCUGAUGAUGCUUCUUCUUCUUCUGAAGCCGCAGCUGAUGAUGCCUCUUCAUCUUCUGAAGACGCAGCUGAUGAUGCCUCGUCUUCUUCUGAAGCGGCCGCUGAUGAUGCUUCCUCAUCUUCUGAGGAUGCUGCUGAUAAUGCUUCCUCAUCUUCUGAAGCUGCCGCUGAUGAUGCUUCAUCAUCUUCUGAAGCCGCCGCUAAUGAUGCCUCUUCUUCUUCUGAGGACGCCGCUGAUGAUGCGUCUUCUUCUUCUGAGGACGCUGCUGAUGAUGCCUCUUCAUCUUCUGAAGACGCAGCAGAUGAUGCUUCUUCUUCUUCUGAAGCCGCCGCUGAUGAUGCUUCUUCAUCUUCUGAGGACGCAGCAGAUGAUGUUUCUUCUUCUUCUGAAGCCGCAGCUGAUGAUGCCUCGUCAUCUUCUGAAGCCGCCGCUAAUGAUGCCUCUUCUUCUUCUGAGGACGCAGCAGAUGAUGCUUCUUCAUCUUCUGAAGACGCAGCAGAUGAUGCUUCUUCUUCUUCUGAAGCCGCCGCUGAUGAUGCCUCUUUAUCUUCUGAAGACGCAGCUGAUGAUGCCUCUUCAUCUUCUGAAGACGCCGCUGAUGAUGCUUCUUCUUCAUCCGAAGCCGCCGCUGAUGAUGCCUCUUCUUCAUCCGAAGCCGCCGCUGAUGAUGCCUCUUCUUCUUCUGAGGACGCUGCUGAUGAUGCCUCGUCUUCUUCUGAGGACGCCGCUGAUGAUGCGUCUUCUUCUUCUGAAGACGCUGCUGAUGAUGCUUCUUCUUCUUCCGAAGCGGCCGCUGAUGAUGCCUCGUCAUCUUCUGAGGAAGCUGCUGAUGAUGCCUCGUCUUCUUCUGAGGAUGAUGCUGAUGAUGCUUCUUCUUCUUCUGAAGCCGCCGCUGAUGAUGCCUCGUCAUCUUCUGAAGCCGCCGCUGAUGAUGCUUCUUCUUCUUCUGAAGCCGCCGCUGAUGAUGCCUCGUCUUCUUCUGAAGCCGCCGCUGAUGAUGCUUCCUCAUCUUCUGAGGAUGCUGCUGAUGAUGCUUCUUCAUCUUCUGAAGACGCAGCAGAUGAUGCUUCUUCUUCUUCUGAAGCCGCCGCUGAUGAUGCCUCUUUAUCUUCUGAAGACGCAGCUGAUGAUGCCUCGUCUUCUUCUGAAGACGCAGCUGAUGAUGCCUCGUCUUCUUCUGAAGCCGCCGCUGAUGAAGCUUCUUCUUCAUCCGAAGCCGCCGCUGAUGAUGCCUCUUCUUCUUCUGAGGACGCUGCUGAUGAUGCCUCGUCAUCUUCUGAAGCCGCCGCUGAUGAUGCUUCUUCUUCUUCUGAAGCCGCCGCUGAUGAUGCCUCGUCUUCUUCUGAAGCCGCCGCUGAUGAUGCUUCCUCAUCUUCUGAGGAUGCUGCUGAUGAUGCUUCUUCAUCUUCUGAAGACGCAGCAGAUGAUGCUUCUUCUUCUUCUGAAGCCGCCGCUGAUGAUGCCUCUUCAUCUUCUGAGGACGCUGCUGAUGAUGCUUCUUCUUCUUCCGAAGCGGCCGCUGAUGAUGCCUCUUCUUCUUCUGAAGACGCAGCUGAUGAUGCCUCUUCAUCUUCUGAAGCUGCCGCUGAUGAUGCUUCCUCAUCUUCUGAAGCUGCCGCUGAUGAUGCUUCAUCUUCAUCCGAAGCCGCCGCUGAUGAUGCUUCAUCUUCAUCCGAAGCCGCCGCUGAUGAUGCUUCUUCAUCUUCUGAGGACGCUGCUGAUGAUGCCUCGUCUUCUUCUGAAGCCGCCGCUGAUGAUGCUUCUUCUUCUUCCGAAGCUGCCGCUGAUGAUGCUUCAUCUUCAUCCGAAGCCGCCGCUGAUGAUGCCUCUUCUUCUUCUGAGGACGCUGCUGAUGAUGCCUCGUCUUCUUCUUCCGAAGCCGCCGCUGAUGAUGCUUCUUCAUCUUCUGAAGACGCAGCAGAUGAUGCUUCUUCUUCUUCCGAAGACGCAGCUAAUGAUGCUUCUUCUUCUUCUGAAGCUGCCGCUGAUGAUGGAUCAUCUUCAUCUCAAGCUGCCGCUGAUGAUGCUUCUUCAUCUUCUCAAGCUGCCGCUGAUGAUGCUUCCUCAUCUUCUGAAGCUGCCGCUGAUGAUGCCUCUUCUUCUUCUGAGGACGCUGCUGAUGAUGCCUCGUCUUCUUCUUCCGAAGCCGCCGCUGAUGAUGCUUCUUCAUCUUCUGAGGACGCUGCUGAUGAUGCCUCGUCUUCUUCUGAAGCCGCCGCUGAUGAUGCUUCUUCUUCUUCCGAAGCCGCAGCUGAUGAUGCCUCUUCAUCUUCUGAAGACGCAGCAGAUGAUGCUUCUUCAUCUUCUGAAGACGCAGCAGAUGAUGCUUCUUCAUCUUCUGAAGACGCAGCAGAUGAUGCUUCUUCUUCUUCUGAAGCCGCCGCUGAUGAUGCCUCUUCAUCUUCUGAAGACGCAGCUGAUGAUGCUUCAUCUUCUUCUGAAGCUGCCGCUGAUGAUGCCUCGUCUUCUUCUGAGGACGCCGCUGAUGAUGCCUCUUCUUCUUCUGAGGACGCCGCUGAUGAUGCGUCUUCUUCUUCUGAGGACGCUGCUGAUGAUGCUUCUUCUUCUUCCGAAGCGGCCGCUGAUGAUGCCUCUUCUUCUUCUGAAGACGCAGCUGAUGAUGCCUCUUCAUCUUCUGAAGCUGCCGCUGAUGAUGCUUCCUCAUCUUCUGAAGCUGCCGCUGAUGAUGCUUCAUCUUCAUCCGAAGCCGCCGCUGAUGAUGCUUCAUCUUCAUCCGAAGCCGCCGCUGAUGAUGCUUCCUCAUCUUCUGAGGACGCUGCUGAUGAUGCCUCGUCUUCUUCUGAAGCCGCCGCUGAUGAUGCCUCUUCAUCUUCUGAAGACGCUGCUGAUGAUGCUUCUUCUUCUUCCGAAGCUGCCGCUGAUGAUGCUUCAUCUUCAUCCGAAGCCGCCGCUGAUGAUGCCUCUUCUUCUUCUGAGGACGCUGCUGAUGAUGCCUCGUCUUCUUCUUCCGAAGCCGCCGCUGAUGAUGCUUCUUCAUCUUCUGAAGACGCAGCAGAUGAUGCUUCUUCUUCUUCCGAAGACGCAGCUAAUGAUGCUUCUUCUUCUUCUGAAGCUGCCGCUGAUGAUGGAUCAUCUUCAUCUCAAGCUGCCGCUGAUGAUGCUUCUUCAUCUUCUCAAGCUGCCGCUGAUGAUGCUUCAUCUUCUGAAGCCGCCGCUGAUGAUGGGUCAUCUUCAUCUCAAGCUGCCGCUGAUGAUGCUUCAUCUUCAUCCGAAGACGCAGCUGACGAUGCUUCUUCAUCUUCUAAAGCUGCCGCUAAUAAUGCUCCAUCUUCAUCUCAGGACGCAGCAGAUGAUGCCUCUUCUUCUUUCGAAGCUGCAUCUGAUAAUGCUUCAUUUUCUUUUGAGGACGCAGCUGAUAAUUCUUUUUCAUCUUCAUCUUCUGAAUCUACAUCUUCAUUUAUUUCUGAAUCUUCUGAAUCCGCAUUUGUUUCUGAAUCUUCUCAAUCAGUUUCUAUUUCUGAAUCUUUUUCUGUUUCCGAAUCUUCUGAAUCUGAAACUGCUUCUGAAUCCCCUUCUGUUUCUGAAUUUGCUUCUAUUUUGGAAUCUUCGGAAUCUGAAUCUGCUUCUGUUUCUGUUUCUGAAUUCGUUUCUAUUUCUGAAUUUUCUAAUUCAGCUUCAAUUUCUGAAUCUGAGUUUUCUGCCUCUAUUUCAGUUUCUGAAUCUGAAUCUGAAUCUGAAUCUGCUUCUAUUUCAGUUUCUGAAUCUUUUCAAUCUGAAUCCCCUUCUGUUUCUGAAUUUGCUUCUAUUUCGGAAUCUUCGGAAUCUGAAUCUGCUUCUGUUUCUGAAUCCACUUUUGUUUCUCAAUCUCCUGUUUCUGUUUCUGAGUUUUCUGAAUCCUUAUACAUUUCUGAGUUAUCUCUUUCUCAAUCCUCGUCUUUCAGUGUUUCUCUUGAGACUGGAGAAAUUGGAAUCUCUUCAUUUACUGAAUCCGAAGUUGAAUCUUUUCCUUCACCUUCUUUGUCUUCGCUCGAGGGUACUUCUGAGGUUGGCUCCGAAUCUCUAUUUGAAAGUUCCUUAUCAUCAUCAUUUUCUGUAGAGAUUUCAGAAUCUUCUACUUACUUUGAGUCGGAAUCUCUUGAAACUUCUUUGUCUUUGUCUUUGUCUUCGACUUUUGUCUAUACUCCUUCGACAAAGCCCUCUUGGAAUUCCACAUUUACAACUUCUGUUUCCACUUCUAGUACCUCUAGUAUUGGCCCUCAGUCACCAAGUUCUACCAUUACAUCUGUUGCCACACAAACUUCCUUUACUUCAUAUACUACGGUAAUUGGAUCUCAGACUCUCACUGUUACUAUUCCUUGUGAUGAUUGUACCCCUAUUACUUCGACAAGCUCUUACACAGAAUACACCACCUAUACAACUGUUAUUUCUGGCGAGACUACCAUUGUCACAGAGCCUUGUGAGAAAUGUACGGCAACAUCUUCCACGGAAUCCACUAUCUCUUCAAUAGGUUCACACACCGAAUACACUACUUAUACCACGGUCAUUGGUGGAGAGACUACUACUGUUACGGAGCCUUGUGAGAAAUGUAUCUCUACUUCUUCUGAAACAAGUUCUGUUUCUUCGACAAGUUUUCACACUGAAUUCACCACUUAUACGACAGUCAUCGGUUCUCAGACUCUUACUGUUACUAUUCCUUGUGAAGAUUGCACAGCUACUACUCCAUCAAGUUCUUAUUCCGAAUACAAUACCUAUACAACAAUUAUUGGUGGUGAGACCAAGACUGUCACCGAGUCCAGCGAAUCUACUCCUUCCCAACCUUUCGUUACAUCUCCUAUCAUCACAGGUUUUACAACCGUCAAUAGUGGUACCACCUUUAGUCUUAUUGAAUCUUCGGAAACCCUGAGUGUGUCUGGUUCAGAGUCUUCCUUGUUUACUAUUUCAGCAAAUACCGCUCCAUCGAAAGCUACUUCCUUGACAUCCGAAACUGGUACUAAUCUUCCUGAACAAUCAACAGAAGUUACUACUUUAUCUAAGGCAGCUUCAAAUUCUGUUAAGUCCUCGUCUUUUAUAACAUUUAUGUCUGUCAUUGGCAAAACUACAGUUGUCAUGACAGCUUCACAGGAAUCUACUCCUGUUAUUUCUGUGUCUAGCAUCCCAAUUAGCUCUGGAGUUGAAACUGUUUCAAGUAUUUAUUCUAUUGCGGUUUCUGAAAUUUCUUCUAACCCUGUAUCCUCACCUUUUACUUCUACUUUUGGUCAAGCUGAACAAUCUCUUAUAAAUACUGAGUCACUCCAGUUUAACGUUUUGCCAUCAACUUCUUCUGUUUCUGAAGCACAACCAAGCAGCAGUUCUUUAGUUUCAACCAAUAUUCUUGGUUCUGAAAUAACAUCAAUUACUCCUGAAUCUAAAACUGGGACACCUUCGGUUCAUGAAUCAUAUUUUGAUUCUUUUCAGUCUAGCCCUGGCGCUGGCUCAGAGAUUGUCUCUUCCCUUGAGACAUUCACACUUGAAAAUUCAUUGCCAUCUGGCAUUGUUCCCGCUUCGUCUUCACUUCCAGAAUCUCCUUCAUUGUCUACAUCUGUUGCAUCCUCACCUUCUAUUAAUGAGGGUUCUUCAUUACUUAUUUCUUCUACGACAUCAUCUUCCGGAUCUCUGGCAUUGUCGCCGUCUUACACUACCUUCACUAUUGUUACUGAGAGUGUCAGUCUUACACUAACGGAGAGUUAUGUAGAAAAUUACACUACUACAGAGUCGGUUAGCUCUUUUCCUUCAGCUUUGGCUUCGGCUUCGACCUCGACUUCCACCUCCAGUUCUCAGUCUUCAGUUGCUCUGGUGAACACCCAAAAUACUUUUCCUGCUGUUUCUUCUUCUCUCUCGUCUCAAAACCAGCCCGGUUCAAGCUCAGGUGGAGUUGAGCAAGUUAAUUCGGCCCUCACAAAUAUUACAUCUAUGAAUCACGGUUUGGUUCUAGUUAUAAUUUUGCUCCUUUUUAUGAUGUGA